AUGGACCCCAAUUCGUGCAUCAGCGCCGAAGCCUUCGGUUUGGAUCUCUGCACAUUCACGGACACUUUUGCGCAAACCGAAUACAGAUGGAUCUUUUGGUUGUCACCAGCCACUGCUGGAGCGUUCCUAGCCCUAGGUGGUCUGCGAUAUCUACAUCUCCUUCGCCGACGCUCCAACAUCACACGCGCUCCAAUCCAUGUAUUUGCCUUGAAAUUGGUUUUCUGCGUUGCCUUUGCAGGUCUACGCCUCGCUCUUCUUGUCGAGGCGCUUCACGUUGGACACGACCAAACCGAGCCACUCAAGGCCUCGAGGAUACUAGACUUUGCAGCAUCAUGCCUUCUUCUUGGGCUAUCGCCACUUGAGCACUUCAGAUCAGUCCGUCCGUCUAUUCUCGUAUGUAGCUUUUUGUUGCUUACUUUCAUCUACGAUGUGGCUCGAUGUCCCUUGCUUUGGAACACCGGGCUGUGGCCAAACGAGGAUGGCAUUUCUGGUGGCUUUACGAGACUUUUCACGGCAUGCACUCCCGUGGAGCUUGUCCUCCUAGUUUUGGAGACUUUUCAGCGCCGCGCAUGGGUCGUCUGGAGUGCGCAUGAUCACAGCCCGGAAGAAAUUAGCAGCAUCAUCAGUCUUGGUCUUUACGCAUGGCUAAAUCCAUUACUAUGGGCUGGAUAUCAGAAGCCGUUGGCAAUGGAGGACUUAUACCCAUUGGACCUCGACCUAUGCCCCAACGUCCAUGAUGGCGAAGACAAGAUUCAGAUUGCUGAAACCUCUGCUGGCUUCUUCAGUUGGCACCUGACCACGUGGUUAGCUGCACCACUUGGCUCUCAUUUCUUGAUGGCAGUCUUUCCUCGACUGUGUCUCAUCGGCUUCAACCUCUGUCAGCCAUUUUUCUUGCAGUAUCUUCUGGAUUACCUUGCGGCCAACACGGACACUGACACGCUCACCGUUCCGGGUCUUAUCGUGACGGCCCUGUUCAUAUACCUAGGCAUUGCAAUUUCUACUGCCCUUUAUUGGUAUUACCAGGAGCGAUUUCAAUCACGACUUCGCGCAUUCCUCAUCACAGCUAUAUACCAAAAGACAAAUAAGAUUGCCCACAAAAGCGAUGGCGACCUUGCAGCUGUCACUCUGAUGGGUGCGGAUGUGGAACGUAUCUAUACGGGAAUCAGAUCCAUCCAUGAGAUUUGGGCAAAUACUGUCCAGAUUCCCAUUGCGCUUUGGUUACUAUACCACCAGGUCGGUAAUGCCUUUAUCGCACCACUGGUGAUUGUGCUCAUCGGAUUUGGCAUAUCCUACAUGAUUUCUCAGCGUGCAAUACCCUACCAGUCAGCUUGGAUGGCCAAUGUUCAGCAGCGCACUGGCGUAACCUCGGAAACUCUUUCGCAGGUUAAAGAUCUCCGCGUCACAGGCAUGGCGACGCCGGCCGCCAACCUCGUCAAACAUGAGCGUGAGAAUGAAAUUCGCAUUGGUCAAAAGGCUCGCACAUUGAUAGCCAUCAGUGCAAGCCUCAGCCAAUUGCCUCAGGCAAUUUCUCCGGCCCUCACAUUUGCAUUUGUAUCACACGUUCUGGAUCAAACCCGCGCUUACACUGCACUCCUUCUCUUGUCCUUGUUGACCGCGCCACUGCAACAGUUCCUGCAAAUCAUUCCCAUCAUCGCUGCCAGUAUCGCAUCGCUGAAUAGGAUCUGGCUAUACUUGACACGAAUCGAGAGGGUAGAUUACCGAGAAUUUCGCCUACUAGAAUCCACGGAUGCAAAGCUUGAUGGUCUUGAUGAGACCAAAAACAAAACGAUUGGUCUCUCUCAUGCCACCUUUGGGUGGUCUCCCGAAGACAUCGUCUUCAAAGACGUCAAUCUCGAAAUUUCAAGAGCUUCCAUCACAUUUGUGACGGGCUCUGUAGGAUCCGGCAAAUCGACGUUAUGCAAGGCCCUUCUCAGUGAAGUGGCCUUUAUGCAAGGAACCAUUUGGCUUCGCUCCAGAUCAAUAGCCUAUUGCGACCAGAAGGCGGUGAUAUUCAACGCAUCCAUAAGGUCAAAUAUUAUCGCUCAUUCCUCAUUCUCGUCAAACAGAUAUGCUGAAGUCAUACUAGCAUCGAUGCUUAGUGAAGAUUUACAGCAGAUGCCUAGGGGCGAUCAGACCAUUGUUGGCAGCAAGGGCGUUUCAUUGAGUGGCGGACAGCGGCAGCGACUCUCACUGGCGCGCGCACUUUAUGCGGAUGCCGAAAUCAUGAUCUUGGACGACGUCUUCAGUGCACUCGACGGGUCAACGCAAGCGCGCGUAGGCCUGAACCUAUUUGGAAAGAACGGGCUACUCCGACAACGGCAGACAACCGUCAUUGCUUCGACCCAUGCUGUCCCUUUUUUGACGUUGGCUGACAGGGUCAUUACCAUCUCUGGUGAUGGCAGCCUUGCCGACCAGCUUGUUGACGAUGCCUUGCCACAGAGGGUACAGGAUUCCCACGGUAGCGACGAACCUCGAGUUUGGACCAACACACAAGAAUCUCACAAUGUGGAUCCGGGCAGGCCGGUGGCCCAAGAUCCGGUAGUGAGAACAAAAAGAUCGACACAUGAGGGCAAUGAUUUACGAGAAAAGAAAUCACAACAACCUAUAACUCUCCCAUCUGCUGACUCGCAGGUAUAUCGGCAGUGGCUUACCACCAUCGGAGCUAUCCCUCUAGCCAUCUUCGUGGUUUUGGUCGUCGGCAGUGGAUUUUUCCCAAAUUUCCAAACCGUCUGGCUCAAGUUUAUUUCAAGUGACUCGACCCAGACAAAGCCUCAACACUCUUGGGAGUACUGGAUUGGACUCUACGCUUUCUUUGGGGCGGCCACAGUCUUGUGUGUAUUUCCAGCAGGUUUGAUCAUGCUACGCACAGGAGUGAGGAAUACCGGAACAAAUCUUCAUCACAAAGUUGUUGAUGCUGUCAUGCACAGCAGCUUGCGCUUUCUGGGAACUACAGACUUGGGCAAAAUCUUGAAUCUGUUUACUCAAGACAUGACCAUAUUGGAUACGAUGCUUCCACGCAUGGUCAACAACUUGAGUUUUACCUUGUCUAGUGCGAUUGGCCAGGCCGUGGUCAUAGCGAUAUCGUCUGGCUGGUUAGCUCUGAGUUAUCCCGUCUUUAUCGCACUAAUAUGGGCGGUACAGCACGUUUAUCUGCCGAGUUCAAAGAGGUUGCGAAUUCUUGAUUUAGAAGCCAAGACGCCGCUCUACACCAACUUUCUUGAUACUAUCACCGGCAUACAUACGAUCCGUGCUUUCGGGUGGUUUCCUCGAUACCAGGCGCGUAAUACAGCACUUCUUAUCGACUCUCAGCGCCCGUCUUACUUGCUAGCCAUGGCACAGCAAUGGUUAAUGCUCAUCAUGAACUUGAUUGUCGCGAUACUGUCCAUUGUGCUCGUCGUGCUGGCGACACGUUUGCGCUCAAACGCGGGUAGUGUGGGUGCUGGGUUGGUCACGCUCACUACCCUGGCAUCAACACUUGGCACCAUUGUGGUCGCGUAUACGGGCCUCGAAACUUCGCUUGGCGCCAUUAGCAGGCUGACAAGUUUCAUUCAAGAGACUGAACAGGAGCUUCCCCCGGAUAAUAACAUUGUACCUGAUCAAAACUGGCCAGAUCGCGGCUGCAUCGAGUUACACAAUGUGAGUGCCGAGUAUACAGAUGAGGCUCCUGUCCUCAAGGACUUGAACUUGCAGAUAUCUGCAACGGAAAAGAUUGCAAUAUGUGGGCGAACAGGAAGCGGUAAAUCAUCUGUUCUUGCUCUUCUUUUGCGAUUAUUGGAUCCUAGCAUCAAAGAAUCAUCACCUCUCACGUCGGAGAAAACUACGUCAGCAAUCACAAUAGACGGUAUAUCUGUCAACCAAGUUGAUCAAACUUGUCUCCGCGAGCGCAUCAUCGCCGAAUCUCAAGACGCCACCUUUCUUCCCAGUGGGACGUCUUUCCGGGAAAAUCUCGACCCAUGGCGCGCCGCCUCGGACGACGAGUGCACGACUGUUCUGGCCGAUCUCGACCUUCUGGAAGUGGUGCGCAGCAAGGGUGGGCUCGCCGCCCCAUUUGUCCCUGGUGAGCUCAGCAGUGGACAAAAGCAGCUGCUCAGCUUUGCGCGCGCGGUGCUGCGCCGACGUGUCAAGCUGCGCGCCACUACCGAUCAUGUCGACGGGGGCCUGCUGCUCCUGGACGAGAUUACAUCAAGCACGGAUACCGAGACGGAGCGCAUCGUGCUUCGCCUCUUGAUGGACGAGUUUGCGAAUUACACGGUGCUCAUCGUGACGCACCGCCGUGAAAUGGCCAUGGCAUGCGACCGAGUCAUGGUCUUAGAUGCCGGAAGGAUCGUCGAGGUCGGACAGCCUGCUGAGUUGUGGAAGCGCGCCCAAGGUCGGUUUCGGGCGUUAUGGUUGCAAGAGUCGACUGCGUAG